AUGCGAGAUAUCAAACACGUCGUCGUAUCCCAAGACAAGAAAACCGCAAGAGUUGGUGGAGGGAUCCUAAGUGGUGACUUGGCCAGGGCUUUGGGCAAUGAUGGGUUGGGAACGCCCACUGCCACGGUUGCAAGUGUGGGAUAUACCGGAUGGGCGACCCUUGGUGGUUACGGCCUCUUGACAUCGCACUAUGGUCUCGGCGUCGACCAGAUCAUCGGAGCGAAGAUCGUAAACGCUCGUGGAGAACUCCAGGAUGCCAACGAAGAACUGCUUGUUGGUAUCCGAGGCGGUGGCGGAUCACUUGGUGUAAUCGUUGAGCUCACCAUCAAGGUCUAUCCCAUUGACAAGAUUCUCUCAUCUACCAUCAUCUACGACUCGACUGACCUAACCGCCGCUCUCACCUCCUACACCCAACACUAUGAGAAACUCCUCGAGUCGGGACAACUCCCCGUGUAUCUUCAGCUCCAGCCCAUGAUUGCCCAAAUGCCAGGCCAGCCUGUAAUUCUGAUGAUUAUAGCGACCUGGCACGGCGAAGACAAAGAUGAAGGCCGCUCUUGGAUCAAGAACAUCGCUGGAGCAGCGGAUUGUGUCAUGGAAGAUACAAAGGAGAUUACAAUCGCCGAGAUGCUUGAGAAUAACGAAAAGCUCGUUACGUGGCCAUCUUAUGGUCGAGUCUACACCCUCAACGCCAAGAGAAUGACAGAAACUGCCCUCAAAAUCGUGGGAAAGCAUUGUGUCAAUGCUCCGGGAGGAAGUCUCAUCUUCUCAUACCAUACCCUACUCUCGUCACAGGAGCCAGAACAAAAGUCUGUUUUUGGAACGAGGGCGCGCCAUCACAUGUUUGAAAUCUAUUCUAUUCUUGCAGAUAAGGAUAUUGCAGAAGAGCGGGUUCGGUGGGCUGCUCAGGUCAAGGCUGAUCUUCAGGCAGAAGACGCUGAUAAUAUUCUCGAGGGUUCUUACAUCUCUCUUGGGUCUCAUGAGGAUGUUGAUCUUAAGAAGGUCUAUGGGAAACAUUAUGAAACUCUGGCGGCUCUGAAGAGAAAGUAUGAUCUUGGGAAUGUAUUCAAGCAUAGCGUUCCGAGACUCGUGCUUACUGGGGAGGAAAACGGGAUCAUGGAGGCUUGA